AUGUCGCAACGGAGAAGGACGUCCACCUUUACCUCGUCACCGCCGCAUUCCUGGCUGAUCACGGCGGUUUCGCUCAUCUUCCUCGUCCGAGCGCAGCAUGUAACAGGAUGCCAAUUUUAUCCGGUCGGCGAAUACUUAAAAUUCGUCAGAGUACCGGAGAAUCUCGAAACGGGGACCGAAAUUCUUUCACUGGAGGCCCAUCCGAGAAAUCGACUUGCCAUUUUACCGGUCGACAAGGAGGAAGACGCAGAUUUCUUUACGUACAAAGAAACGAACAAGACGCACGUUUCCUUGAACCUGGCGCAGUCCCUGGAGGAUCUGGUGGACGCGGAGAUCCCGAGGAACCUGUUGAAAUUUCGGGUCUCCUGCGAAUCGGGCAGCGGCGACUCUUUGGUAUCAUCGCAUUUGUCAGUGACGGUCUACGUGGAGGAUAUAAACGAUCACGCGCCACAAUUUGUCGAUGCGCCUUAUCAUGUGACGGUGGACGAGCUCACGCCAGUAGGUGUGACGAUAUUUCGCGGGAUUCACGCUGUGGAUGGCGACAAGCCGAACACGCCGAACAGCGACGUCUAUUAUGCCAUUGUGAAGGGGAACGAGCAGGGCAAAUUUUCCCUCGAAUCCGGUCACAGGACCGCCCUGAUACUUCGCAAGCCGGUCGACUACGACACCGGAGAUCGCGAGUUUACUUUGGUCAUUACGGCGACUGAUCGAGGCGUUCCAGCCAGAAGUACGAACACCACCGUAAAGAUAACCGUGGUGGAUAACGAUGAUCUUGAUCCAAAGUUUACGCGGGACAUCUACAAGGCGAAAAUCUACGAAUUUUAUCCUAUGCCGCAAUAUCCGAUCUUCAUGGAGAUCAAUUUCACCAGCCCGAUCCACGCGGCCGAUCGCGACCGGGACAUAAACGUGCCGGUGCGAUACGACAUCAUAUCCGGCAACGAGCGAGGCUUCUUCCAUCUCGACCCGAAGAACGGCUCGCUGUUCCUGAAGCGCGCGAUCGAUCUCGACGCCGAGCGCAGCUUGCCGGGCAACACGUUCAAUCUGCAGAUCCACGCCUCGCAGGUGGACAAUCCGCUGAAGAUGACGGUCGCGCGAGUCGAGGUGGAGGUGCUCGAUCUGAACGAUAAUUUGCCACAGUUCGAAGUCGAUCUCUACAAUAUCAGCAUAGUGGAGAAUCUGCCGAACGGUUUCAGCGUGUUGCAAGUGGUCGCGCGCGACAAGGAUCAAGGUGAAAACGGCGAGUUCGAUUACAAGCUGCAGGACCCGUCGGGCGCGUUCUCCGUGGACGCGGAGUCCGGCUGGCUCACCGUCAAGGAUCAGACAGUUCUGGAUCGGGAGAAACGCGAUCAUCUGAAGAUGAAAGUCUACGCGGUGGAACACAGUCCGAGCGUCGUCCCGACGAGCGGCCCCUCGAAGGGAUCAUCCGUGGACGUCGAGGUCACCUUGCUCGACGCCAACGACAACAACCCGAUUUUCGUGCCGGGUAACCUGUACGAACUGGUGGCGAGGAGCGACGGCAAGGUCGGUACCGUGCUCGGCCAGGUACGCGCGGUGGACGACGACCUGGGGCCGAACGGACUGGUCCGGUACAAGUUACAGAAACCCGGCAACUCCACGUUGAGGAAGCCGCCGUUCGCGGUGGACGAGGAGACGGGAGUGAUCACGGUGUCGGAGAGUCCGAUACUCGAGGGUAGGCACGCGAUCUUCGUGGAGGCGGCCGACCAGCCGGCGAACCCCAGCGAGAGGAGGUUCUCCUUGGCGGUCGUCACGGUUGAUGUUUUCCGCGCGGACGGUCCGGAUUCGUGGGAGCCGGAUUUCGUCGGCGCGCCCUACGAAUUCUGGGUCGGCGCGAACGUGCCGGUAGGUACCAGCGUCGGGCAGAUUCGCCUGAACGACGCCGUGAAAACCAACGACCUCAUCUACGAUUUGCUGCACGGCUACGAAGAAGGUGUUCCAUUUGCCGUGGAGGAGCGCUCCGGCACGAUAACGGUCGUGGACGAGAUCGAGCGCUUCGACCGGUCGACGUACAACUUCGAGGCGGUCGUCAGCGACGAGAGGGAGCUCACGCUCAUCACGAACGUGUCGGUCCACGUGGUGGAUCCCAACGACGACCGCGGUAUUUUCACCAAGGGAACGACCACCGCCUCUCUGGUCUUCCACGUGAAGGAGAACGUUCCCGGCGCAUUGAUCGGCCAAGUGCUUCCGCACAAUCAGACAGCGGCGGCUAUGUCUGGCACUCGGUUCCUUAUCGUCAAUCAGCAGGAUGUGCCUGAUGUCGCUAUUAUGGAGGAUGGUUCUCUCUAUGCUCCAGAAGGUCUGGAUCGCGAAACGAGACAAAACUACAGCAUCACUGUGAUCGCCGAGAGUUCGCGCGGCGUCGGUGUGUUCCAGGUACGAAUCAUCGUCGAUGACGAGAACGACCACGCGCCGGAAUUCACGCUGACCACUUACGAAGGCCGGAUCAUGGAGAACAGUCCCGCGGGAACGGAAAUCACUCUGUCAAGUCCAAUUGCGGCGAGCGAUAAAGACGAGGGUGAGAAUGGAAAUUUCGUCUUCGCUUUGCGCGGCGAGGGCAGCGGUCUGUUCCGGAUCGAUCCGACAACAGGCCACGUGUACUUCGUGGGCAUCGACGACAGCACCCUGGAUCGCGAGUCAAGAGCCAACUACGAAUUGCAAGUGACCGCUACCGACACCGGUGGCCUCAAGUCGGAGAGCACGUUGAAGAUAACAGUGUUGGACGAGAACGACAACGCGCCCAAGUUCAUACGGAUGGUGGUGCUGCCGGACCAGGGUGUCCGGGUGUCGCAGGAUCCGCAUGCGAAGGACGGGACGCUGGAGGACGGGAGCGGGCGACGCUCGCCGCUGCUGUUGGUGCCGGAGAACACGACGAUCGGCGCGCCGAUAAUUCGUCUACUGGCGGACGACAAGGACGAGGGUGCGAACGCCGCGAUAACGUACAGCCUCGGCAACGAGACGACUUCCGGCGAUGGUGUGCGGUCGCGGCGUUACGACGCGACCAGCCGCCGUUACUUCCACCUCGACCAGCGCACGGCCGAGAUAUCGGUCGGCCGCAGCCUGCCGCCGGAGAAGGACAUCCGGCUGUUCGUCGUGGCGAAGGACUCCGGCGGCCUGUCCGAUAACAUCACCGUCAGGAUCCACGUGACCGACGUGAACGAUCACGCACCCGUCUUCGACAAGUCUUGGUACACCUUCGACGUGGCCGAAGGCACCUACGACGAGCUGGCGAUCGGCGCGGUGCGUGCGGUCGACGCUGAUUAUGGCGUGAACGCCGAGCUGAGCUACGAGCUCAUCACCAGCCACGAGGACUCGGGCGGGAACGCGUCGCGGUCCUUCAGCGUGGAUCCCUACGAGGGCGUGAUACGAGUCAGCGGGACGCUCGACCGCGAGAAGAUGACGACUCACCGUCUCCUCGUGGUGGCUCACGAUCAAGGCUCGCCUAGUCUGAGCUCCUCCGUCGAGGUCGAGAUCAACGUGUUGGAUGUUAACGACAACGCGCCGAUGUUCCAUGGCUACGACGAGUUGGAAGAGGGCGCCGCUCCUUUGCCGGUCUACCGAGUCUCCGUGUUGGAGAACAGCCCGAUCGGCACCCAGGUGGCCAAGGUGUACGCGAACGACAGCGACUUCGCGGGUAACGGCAACGGGCUGAUCUUGUUCGACUUGAGCUACCAAGACCGAGCGGAGAAGCAGUACUUCGCGGUGGACAGCAAGGAGGGCGUCGUCACCACCAUCGCCAAACUCGACUACGAGAGCAAGAGGAGCCAUCGUUUGAUCGUCACCGCGAGCGACCUCGGAUCACCGGUCAGUCUCACCUCCUCGGCGGUGGUUCUCGUCACGGUGCUGAACGUCGACGACGACGACGAGGACGGCCAGGAAGCGGACAACGAGGUGCGCAAGAUGCCGACUUUCCGGCACCGAUAUUACGAGGUGGAGGUCGACGAGAACGCCACCGUGCCGUUGCUGGUCGCACAGCUCGAUCUCGUCGAGGAUUAUCGCGGCGACCACAUCAGAUACAGCGUCGUGGCCGACGGCUCCGACAGUAGGGAGCAUUUCUCCGUCGAUCCUAAGAACGGUUCUCUCUAUCUGAGGACGGAGAUCGACCGGGAGACUCGAGAGCGUUACGAGGCGAAGGUCAGGGUCGACCGAGUGAAAAUCGGCCGCGGUAUGCCGGUGAUGAUCUAUCCGGUGACCGGCGAGAGGCUGAACGGCCUGGCGCCUAACGAAGCCAGGGUCGUCGUGAAAGUGAAGGACGUGAACGAUAAUUCGCCCAGAUUCAAGUCCAAAGGCAGGCCCAUUCUAGCCGCCGUACCAACUACCGCACAUUACGGUUACGAGGUCGUCAAAGUGGAGGCCGAGGAUCCGGACGAAGGGAUAAACGGCGAGAUACGCUACCAGAUUCUUGGCCGGGAGGAUGCGCCGCGUUUCGCCAUCGACCCGCUCAGCGGCCAAGUACGAUCCGUGGCGAGUUUCGGACGCGACGCCGGACGCGUCUUCGGUUUCGACGUCAAGGCCACCGACAGACAGGGCGCCGAGAACGGACGCAGCAGCAUCGCCAAUGUCUUCGUGUACGUGUUGGAUGAUCAGAAACAGGUUGUCAUGGUGAUGGGACGGAAGCCUAUCGAGAUCGAACUGGAGCUCGAAAACAUCACCACCGCGUUGCAAAACGUCACCGGAUUGGACAUAAGAGUGCGGAAGCUGGAGCCGCAUAUCGAGAAGAACCUGAUCGACGCGGCCUCCACUGACCUUUAUAUAUACGCGAUCGAUCCUCACCUAAACGUCAUGGUAGACAUGGACACAUUGCACAGCGUUUUCAACAGCAAAAAAAAGGACAUAAAGCGUGAGCUGGACGAGUAUCGCGUUCUGGACAUCGCCGGUAAUGCUCCACGUAGAGGUAGUCAGCGUUACCUGCUAUCAACCCUUGAAGUGGGCGUCGUGGUACUCGGCUGUGUCGUGUUCGUCGGCGCCCUCGUGACCGCCCUGUGUGUCGCCUGCGUUCGCCGCAACAAACGUCGUAGACGACGAGAGAAGGCGAUGUUCUCGACCGUCGGCCCGGUCGGAUUCGCAUUGACGGACCCCGCCGGCACCCUGCAAAAGCCGCCACUCUUUCCCACCUUCGUCGACGGCCUCCAUUACGACCCCGAGCCCUUCGACAUGCCCAGGCGGCAGAGUAUAUGCGAACACGGCAGAGCGUGUGGCAGCUGCGUCCGUUUUCACACGGUGGGCGGGGGUGGCAAACACGCGGUGAGGUCGACGGGUACGUUGAAAGGCCUCGAGGCAUCUGCGACAUCCUUGCAUUCCAGCGGUCAGGAUUCUGGCAUCGUGGCGCGCGCGUCCUGCCAUUGCAGUCACUCGUCCAGUCCUUCCAGCGGCGAGAGCAGCAAUGGCUACGAGGACUCGCUGAAAUCUCUUCAGCGUCGCGAGAGAGCCAACGAGGUCUCGCGUGGGGUCCACGACACCUCGAGCGUGGUCGGAAGACGGGCGAAUCUGGCUGCGAAGCGCCGGCAACGAUUCCACUCGUUCUCGAACGGCGAAACGGUCUAUACCCACGAGAUGACGUUACAGCGGGAGCAGCAUUGCUGCGGCAGUACUGAGAAGAGGCGGAAAGCGGAGCACCGUCGCGCGCAUUCCGAAGCGGAGAACAAUAUCACCGAGACGGUGAUACACGAGCAUCCGGGAACGGAAAUCUCGUUAGCCAGCUCCCUGCCGAACACGUCGACUCUUCACGGAACAUCAAGAACCAGCCACAUGCUCUAUUGAUGGCACUGAUUUGUAAAAAGAGAGGAAUUUCUGCCGAAGGGCGCCGAGACAUCGACCGCGAAUUUUCUCACACAUUCGAUAAUUUAAUUUUCCCUUUACAAAUUCGCGUAUAAAUUACACUUGUACGUUGCUCACGUCGUGUCAUCCCGUUGCCAAAGUGUUCGCGCACGUCGUCGAAUCGCAGAAUCACUCAUUUCUGUACAUACACGACACAGCUCUUCAACAUUCGAUCUUUCGCGUUCUUCCUGAAUUAAUCGGAGAUAGAUUAGAGAACGGCGCCGGUAACUAUCGUUAAGAUUAUUUAUCGUGCGAAUAUUGAAACGUGACAUGUAAAUGUUUAUGUAUAAUAUUGAUAUACUGUAUAACUCGCGUUGUAGAUUGUGUACAGAGAUAUGUAUUUUGUUUAUACGUUUACAUACACAGAUAUUUUUCAGCAGAUUGUAA